AGUGAAUGUAGUUGUAGCUACGCUUGUCUUCUAAUUUCAAAGCAUAUUAACCAUAAGGCUAGAGGACACAAUGCUAAAGCGAUGGUAUGGCUAGGUAGUCGUGUUGGAAUAUAGAACAGUCAGACGAAAGAUGUUGGCAACAAGAUUUGGUUUUUUCUUGUCUCAGCAAUAGCGUCAGUACAUUGUUCUUGUCAUUGUCCUUCUCUCACAGAGACAUUACGAUUAUAAUCUGUAUCCUGUGGUGCUGGUGGAAGUAGUGGUGGAAGACGUACAUACUGGAACCUUGACUUUCAACUUGUUUUUGUCCUACAGCUGUCCCUAUCUCUAAACGUAAACCAGCCUAAUACCUCUCUACACUCCUUUCACACUAAGUACCUAUUAGUACAUAAAAGAAGCCAGCGAGAGAACAAGCGGCCCUGACAACUCAGGUGCAAUUGUAGAAGUGUAGCUGCGCAGGUCAAAAAACUCAUCCUGCGACUUUGUUUUCGCGCGCUAGCACACGGAGGAGUCGCGCACAACCUUCGUCCUGGGCCAAAAUGUGACGCGCUUUCUGAACCUGCAUAUCUCUAAAAAUCUAACGACCACGCAAGUGCCCGGACGUGCGCCCCAUUUUUACCACAGUCAAGCUGUUCUGGCGAUCUUCUGCAACCGCGGCGCUUAGACCUCCACGCUAUCACGACCAGUAGAAACAGGUUGAGUCGACGACGCGAAAAAUACUUCAAUUUGUGAUACCGAUACGGUCAUCGUAAAUACCUCGCCCCGCACACAUUUACUCGGAGAGCCAUUUUUUGUGUGUCAGAUAUUUGAAGACGCCGCUAAAGAGAAAUCUGUCGAAGCAACUUUGCAGCGGGGUUCUAUCGGGAGCAGGUACUGUGGCUGCUUUUUGAAACUUAAGAUGACGUGUAGUCAAAACCAUGACAGGAUGAUGACACGAGGCCGAGACGCAGACGUUUGGCUUUGGAACUGGAAGCUCUUGCGCACAGCUAGCAAAUUAUUCUCAUUCCGAUGAAAUAGAAAUCGACACUGAUACUGAACUCAUGAGCUCGCCGAAGACGCUGAAGCAAUCGAAUCUUCGAUCAUUAUCGAUGGUCUACUAAACUGGAAACCUAGGUGUCGUCCUUCUCUGCCCGUCAUGCAGCCGUUUGUUCCAUCCGAAAAGGAUGUGGCACCGCUCGUGAGCGGUUUGGAAAUGCCAACGGGAGACAAAUCAAAAGCCACGGAAAUGGCCGCCGCAAACGCAGCUGCAGCGGCUGCUGCUACUUCUACUGCGGUGGAUGUUGGACAGUCUUCCUCGUCUGGAAGUUGUACCAAUAUUAAAACCUCCAUCGCGGCCACUGGCGCCGCGACCUCUUCCGGCGCAACUACAGGGAAGCAGCAGCAGGAACAAGGACAAGGAGCACAAGAACCAGGAAAUAAGAACAAAGGAGAUCAGAAGGACUCGUCUAUGCAUUGCAAAAGUAUCGUACUCGUAUAAGUGCAUGACAAAUUUCCUCAGCAUGAGAAAGAAAAUUUGUAAUGCGGAUUUACCUUGACAGCAAGAUUUGUAAUGCAUGAAUGCGAUUAGUACGAGUACGAUACUUUUGCACAGCAUAUCGUCGGAGCAAGAGGGCAUUCCGGUGGUGAACAUCAUGCAGCCCGGGGUGGUGGUGCCGGUCUUUAUCAACUGUAAAAAUGUCUGGGUCUGGAAACUUGUGAUGCUGGUUCAGAACGACGAGGACGCCUCAAUUGACUGGCAAGCAUGACAAAUUUUGGAGGUGCUACAGUCUUGGCUUUUCUGCAUGACAAAGUGAGCUUCCGCAUGAGAGAAAAAUAGGGCUUUUGGGUAAUCUGCAUGACAGACUUGAGAGUGAUGUCAGACAAGCAUGACAAACUUCCAUUCUUCCAGACCCAGACAUAUUUGCUUUUGAUAGUCUUUGUCCCCCUGCAAAAUCUGUCGUACGACAGCAAAGGGAACGCUCUGGUCGACCCACAAUACGUGUCCAACAUGCUGCUCAACCAGCCGCUAACCAGUGCGCGGAGCAGUAUUCAAUGACAUUCAAUUGAAAUGUUUGUACGACAAAAAAAAGUAACUCAAAAUCCUAUAGUAUCAAUAGAUACGUAGAAGAAAAUCUUGAUGUGAUCAUUCAGAUGGUUGUAAAACCACGAGGUAGUUGUCUUCUUGCUACUAACUGCUAGUAGUCCUCCUGAUCAUUUUCCUCGCCCUGUUAGGCUUAGGGCUUGUUCAAAAGAUAGCAACACACGACGACCGUCCGACGACAUCGAACCCAACUGCACUUACAGCCCCGACCUACGCUCCCGCGACGGUUCCAGCGAAUUCCCUGGCCGCGCAGCAGUUCCCGAUCCUUGGCACGUCGCAGUCACAAAAAACGUUGAAAGCCGCACGCAGCCGUUCCACCUCCACGAACCUGCAGCCGAAGAGCGCCCGCAACAGCGCAAUCAUGGUGCGUACUGCGUCUGGAAUGUCGAACACUUCCGCGGCGAAGAAGCAGCAGCCGCAGGUUGUGAAGCAGAAUGCUGGUGCGACGUCGACAAGCGUGACUGCUUCUACUACGACCGGUUGUAGUACAACUGCAGCAGCGGCGCAGCACCAGAAUCUUCAGCAACAGCAGAUAAAAACGACAAUCGCAAACAAACCCCCGCGCCCGAGCCCCAUCUCCCAAUUGUCUGCGGCCACCACCCCUCCGCCGCGACGGGAGGUGCCCCGGCCCUCGCCUCCCACGGCGAGUACGACCAGUACGGUCGGGCAGUCGCCGCAAAAUUCCGGCGGACUAGGACUACUUGCGGGGGGAAACGGCAGUGCAACAGCUACUCGUGUGCAGGUUCCGGAGUGUCCGACCAUGCGAGAUAUGCUGUACAAGACCUCUCCCGCUGCGCAGGAGCUGAUGCUUGGUGACCACGACGAGCUACUCUCGUCCCGGGCUUCCGCAGCCGGUCGCAUGCAAGACGAGCCGGAACCCAGGCGCUGCUCGGGAGCAUCGAUAUUGGAUGAGGUGGACAAGGAGGUAACUAUACCCAUCACAUUCUGAUGUAUGUCGUGCUUUUUUACCUUGUCCUUGCAGUAGGUGCAAUUGAAUCGAUGCUCUUGCUCUCCACGAAGAACCUGUGCUUUUUCGUGGCACAGCAACAUGUAAUGUCAGAAGUACUUCUCACUGUGCAUUCCUAUCGUAUCCGUCAGGUGCGAGCCUACCAAGCGGAAGUGGUCGGGGGGCCGCAGCAGGCGUCUACUUCUGGCCAGCAAUCGGGAGGAGUCCGAACAAGUACAACUCGGAACAACGCAAAUCCAAACGCACCUGGUUCUACUCGUCUGACCAAACCGCGGAAAAAGCAGGCGUCCUCCAGCAUGAGUGGUACAACAACGACCACAUCGACCGGAGCAACGCCCGCCGCCGCCGCCCCGCAACACUACUUGUUCGCGAACCCGCUGGCGGCGCAACAGGGGCAGUGGUAAAUAAACUCCAGGAUUUAUAUCGAGUACUUCUUGGAACACAACCCAAUUCUGGUCAUACUGAUGUAACGCCCAAUUCUAUAACGCUCAAAUUAGAGCCAUGUGCUGUUUGAUGGUGCGCCUGACCUGCCUGCUCGGCGAAUGCUUUUGAGUAUGUUCUACAUGUAGUACUUAGUUCGAUUUUAUCCAUUAGUUGCGUAUUAAUUCUUGCGUGGGCGUGAUGUUGGUGACACAACGUUCUCUCAGGUACUCCACAAGCUCCGCUUCUACGCCAUCCGCUGUGCCGAGUGGCAGCUCCGGAAUGAUGUAUCAACCCAUGUACGCUCCGCAGCAGUACAACCCCAUGGGCGGCGGCUACCAAGGUUACACCCAGGUACGAGAAAGUGAUGGCAUUUUUUUCUUGAUGAAUGAUUUCAAUUUCAAAGGACAACUACGUUGCCGUGCCCUUGCCAUGCAUCAUGUUUACGGACGAAGCGGAAGCUGUAACUACAUUUCAACCACUUCAGUUGUUGACAGGUCAGAUUUAUUCGCAUGAUUCCCACCACAAAUAAGACACUUGAUUUUGAACUUGAUGAUGAUGAAACAACGCAGAUGGGCGCCCCAAGUACCCCAACGCCGAAUGGACUGGACUACAGCAGCUUCGCCGCCGGAUUUUUGAAGGGCCGACGCGUCGGCAAAGGCAAGGGCAAACGGUUCGCGCUGCAGGGGCUACGCGGGGGCGGAAAGGGGCUAAAUCCAGGGCAAGAACAAGACCACGACCUGUCGAUUGCUACUUCAUCGCCGGCAAAUGUUGCACGAGAAGCCGCUGCCGCGAACUCGGAGCUGCAGGAGCCAGGGAGUUCUCCUGUCAUGGACGACCAGCUGGAUGUCGACCGAGCAGCGCUCCACCCUAGCACCACCCGAAUCACCAACGGGUCCGUACGGACGACAAGCACGCGUGGCCCAAGGCAGAACAACGCUGCUGACCACACGACGAGCGGCCACUGGGCAGCACCUCGGACGCCUGCAAGGUCAGCCAAGCCCUUCCCGUACACGUCCAGCCGGCCCCCAAUUGGGAGUCGUGGCAGAUCGGACCGCCGGGCGAAGUACUUGCUCGUUGGUUCUCAGUUCCUCGAUGUCGCAUCAACAAGAUUCCUUGAGCAAAAAAAAGCUUCAGUGCGAGAAGUUCUCAAAGUCAAAUCGAAAGCAAUGUAGUUUAUCUUUAUUGUUGUAAAUUUUCACUGUACAACAACAGCUACGACUAUCGUGGGUGGUAUCACUUUGGAGGUUCGAACCCCGGCAUUCCGCAGUCUUCGGGCGCCAACGCCUCUGGUGGCUACAACAGCCAGCCGACCGUCCGGAAACGUACUUGCAAAAGUUUCAUUCUGGUGGAUGUCGAUGUUGUAAUUUGUGAGCUGUUCUUUUGUCUGGUCCGGUCGCCGAGCAAUGGAGUCGAUGGUGCACGAGCAGCACUUUAUUCAGCAGAAAUACUUGCGCGUUUUUGUUUUUUUUUGUGUAAUCGCAUGACACACGAAGACAAAUUAAUCACCACAGCCCAACAGCGCGCUCCAAAGGAAGGCGAGGAAGUGGUGCAGCGACGGGAAGAACUAUGACAAUGCACAGCUCACCCUCGCACUCAACCUCAUUCAUCAUGCAAAAUACCAAAUCCAUAUGCACCCGUAUUCUUGUCUUUGGCACUUCUUGCAUGACAGGCUUCGGAAGCCGAAACAGAACUAGAAUCGGUCGUGAAUUUGUAAUGCAAAAGCUGCGUUUACUUAUGCGGCAUAAGUAAACGCAGCUUUUGCAUUACAAAUUAGGGCAUAAGUUAUGCCAGCACUUGUGUUGCUGCUUAUGCCCUUCAGAUGAGGGGGAGAGGGAGUUGUGCACUCUCAUAAGAAGAGGUGGAGAAACUCAAAGGCUUCCGUCCCUACCGCGAGUUUGUCGAGGUCAAGACGCAGGCCGAAGCACGGGUAUAUUUGCUACGUGAUGGUGCGCAUCUUUCACAUGGGGAAGCACGCUAAAUGUUUUUGUUCUGUCACGUGCACAAAUCAUUAAAACACUAGUAAUGCACUUGUUUAUGUUUUCUAAUACCUGUACCAGAUUGCUUUAUCUUUUGAAAACGACCUUUUAUCCUCGCAGGGCCUUUCCGUGACCUCUGUGGACAUUACGAAGACCGCUUGCCCCGAUCCGAGCGCCACGAUGCCUCGCCGGAAGUGGAAAUUUCUCUGUGAGGUCUGGCGCCGCGCGUUGCGGGAUUGGACGAAGGAAGUGGUGGCUUUACACCCACAAUUAAGCCAGUUCGUGCAGCAAGAAGAUGACAGUCCGCUGGAUAAUGACGGAGAGGACGAGCACGGCAAUGUAACCAGCACGAGCUGCGACGUGAUGCAGCAGCUUCUUGCGUCGACAGGAGCAUCAAUUUCAAAUAACCAGUGCGCAGUGUCGACCCCGACGCGCAACAGUUCUGGGCAAAACCAAAACCAAAGCAACCGCAUCGGUAGCUCUUCUCGUUCCUACACCUCGCGCUACAGCAAUCGCCGGUCCUGGUCCCGGAACACAUGCUCGCCCGUGGUGGAGGAGAACAGUGCGGACGAUUUUGAAGACGAUGACACCAGUGGAAAAACGCCGCAGCAGGGAGCCGGGGACGUCUCCACAUCGAACACCAGCACUGCUGCGUCGCCUUGCUAA